AUGUCUGAGCUGUACAAGGCUAUGUCUCCCAUCGUCCCUGUGCUAAGGGGAUACAGGAAGUGCUUGGAUUCCGACGACCACUUCUUUACCUGCGAUUAUGAGAUUGAUCAUCGCACGCCCGACGAAGCGAAGCUGGCGGAAGUUAUUUCUGAGCUUCACCGCACCAGCGUUUCUUCCACGGGCCAGGUUGGCUUCCAUGUCACUGUCCAUGACGGGAUAGCAACUAGGUCCCCUUUUAUGGCAAGCUACUAG